UAACCAGGAAACAGGCUUUUAUUCUGCCUCGCUGAGACGACACACACACACACACACACACACACACACACACACACAUACAGACGGACGAUAAGAUUCAACUUUACACCAAACACACCUCUUCCACUGAGAGGACGUCCACAGGAGGGAAUACUGGAACACCUUCCACUUCAAGGAGCUGCUGAAUCCACACAUAGAGUUUCACUAGAACAAAGACUCAAAGUGAAAGUAAGUCUCAGGGAACAGGGAGCGGCUGCUGCUGAGUUCACAGCUCCACUCACAGACAACAUGGCUUCCAGAUUAGAGGAAGAUCUCUGCUGCACUGUCUGCCAUGACACAUUUAAAGAUCCUGUGGUCCUGUCCUGCAGCCACAGCUUCUGUAGAGCCUGUCUGCAGAAGUGGUGGACGGAGAAAGUCAUCAAAGAGUGUCCACUUUGUAAGAGACCUUCAGUUUAUGAACCUCCCUGUAACCUGGUGUUAAAGAACCUGUGUGAGAGUUUCCUACAGGAGAGAGAUCAGAGACCUCCAGAGGCUCUCUGCAGUCUGCACUCUGAGAAACUCAAACUCUUCUGUCUGGACCACCAGCAGCCAGUGUGUCUCGUCUGCAGAGAUUCAGAGAACCACAAAAAACACAGUUUCAGACCCAUCGAUGAAGCUGCACGACAACACAAGAAGAAGCUUCAGGAAGCUCUGCAGCCCUUAAAGGAGAAGUUAGAGACUUUUGAAGAAGUCAAAGUGAAGUUUGAUCAAACAGCAGGACACCUGAAGGCCCAGGCUCAACACACAGAGACGCAUAUUAAGGAGCAGUUCAAGAAGCUUCACCAGUUUCUAGAAGAGGAAGAGGAGGCCAGGAUGGCUGCACUGAGGGAGGAAGAGGAGCAGAAGAGGAGGAUGAUGGAGGAGAAGAUG